UUGCGAUAGCGAGGGGGCGAGGUUCUGCGGUCCCGGCGCGCCGCGCGGCUGGACGCGGCGGGCGGGGCGGAGGAUGGAGGCGGUAGCGUCCGCUGCGACGGUUGGGGCUGCGCGUGAGAAGGUGGCCGUGUAGGCACCUGGGCUGGGUGGAGGCGGGCGGCGGCCGGGCCAUGGCGGGAGACCGCCUCCGCUGGGCUCCCUGAGGUGCGCUCCCUGAAGUCCUGGGGAGCCGUGGUCCAUGGGCUCCCUGAGCAGCCGAGUGCUACGCCACCCGGGGCGAGCCCGAGCCCAGCAGGAGCCGGGUUCUGGGGCGGGGGGCUCGACCCGCAGGCCGGAGUCUGGCGGCGACGCUGCGGGCCACGGCUUCUGUUACUGCCCAGGCAGCCGCAAGCGCAAGAGGAGCAGUGGGGCCUUCUGCUACUGUCACCCCGACUCCGAGACAGACGAGGAUGAGGAGGAAGGGGACGAGCAGCAGCGACUCUUCAACACCCCGCGCAGGAAAAAAUUAAAGAGUACAUCCAAAUAUAUUUAUCAAACCUUAUUUUUGAAUGGAGAAAAUAGUGACAUUAAGAUAUGUGCUCUAGGAGAAGAGUGGAACUUACACAAAAUAUAUUUAUGUCAAUCUGGCUACUUUUCUAGUAUGUUCAGUGGUUCUUGGAAAGAAUCCAGCAUGAACAUAAUUGAACUGGAGAUUCCUGACCAGAAUAUUGAUAUAGAAGCACUGCAGGUUGCAUUUGGGUCACUGUAUCGAGAUGAUGUCUUAAUUAAGCCCAGUCGAGUUAUUGCCAUUUUAGCAGCAGCUUGUAUGUUGCAGUUGGAUGGUUUAAUACAGCAGUGUGGUGAGACAAUGAAGGAAACAAUUAAUGUGAAAACUGUAUGUGGCUAUUACACAUCAGCAGGGACCUAUGGAUUAGAUUCUGUAAAGAAAAAGUGCCUUGAAUGGCUCCUGAACAAUUUGAUGACUCACCAGAAUGUUGAACUUUUUAAGGAACUCAGUAUAAAUGUCAUGAAACAGCUCAUUGGUUCAUCUAACUUAUUUGUGAUGCAAGUGGAGAUGGAUGUUUACACAGCUCUUAAAAAGUGGAUGUUCCUUCAACUUGUGCCUUCAUGGAAUGGAUCUUUAAAACAGCUUUUGACUGAAACAGAUGUCUGGUUUUCUAAGAGGAGAAAAGAUUUUGAAGGUAUGGCCUUCCUGGAAACUGAGCAGGGAAAACCAUUUGUGUCAGUAUUCAGGCAUUUAAGGUUACAGUAUAUUAUCAGUGAUUUGGCCUCUGCAAGAAUUAUUGAACAAGAUUCUCUAGUACCUUCAGAAUGGCUAUCUUCUGUGUACAAACAGCAGUGGCUUGCUAUGCUUCGGGCAGAACAAGACAGUGAGGUGGGGCCUCAAGAAAUCAAUAAAGAAGAACUAGAGGGAAAUAGCAUGAGGUGUGGUAGAAAGCUUGCCAAAGAUGGUGAGUACUGCUGGCGGUGGACUGGUUUUAACUUCGGCUUUGACCUGCUUGUAACUUACACCAAUCGAUACAUCAUUUUCAAACGUAAUACACUGAAUCAGCCGUGUAGUGGAUCUGUCAGUUUACAACCUCGAAGGAGCAUAGCAUUUCGAUUACGCUUAGCCUCUUUUGAUAGUAGUGGAAAACUAAUCUGUAGUAGAACAACUGGCUAUCAAAUACUUACACUUGAGAAAGAUCAGGAACAAGUAGUGAUGAACUUGGACAGCAGGCUUCUGAUCUUCCCUUUAUACAUCUGCUGUAACUUCCUGUAUAUAUCACCAGAAAAAAGAACUGAAAAUAAUCGUCAUCCAGAAAAUCCCGAAAACUGAGGAUCUUAUCAGUUGGAAACAGUAGCACUUUGAAAACUUUAUCGGCCAGCUUUAAUUUAAUGGCCCUACUGAUAUUCACAUCUAAGGUGACUAACAAUGACAAAGGCCUUAUGAACUGUACAGAUGAUACAGAAGACUUUUCUUAUGCUCAUUACAUUUCUAUGCAUAUAUGAAAAACCAUUUUGAAGCCAAGAAAAUAUCUGUCAAACCAUUUCUGUGAUAAAGAUUUUGACUCAUGCUUUUAAUUUAGCAUCAGUAGAAAAUUGCUGUAGGUAAAUUUCACAUUUCUCUGCAACCCAGUAUAGAUUUAAAUUUAGUUUAAACUUUGAUCUUACCUGAUGUUAAUGAACCUCAGUUAUCUAUCUGUAAACUUAUUUUUAUUUGGCUAAGACAAUGCUGAAGGAGCAACUUGGCCAGUUAUAAAUGCUCUUUCAAUUGGUGCAUUUAAAGCUGUCCUUUAAUGUUUUCACCUGCUCUUUAUGAUUUCUCCUCAUAUUCUGAUAAUGCCUCCAAGCUAUGCUUGUUUUUAAUCAUUAAAUACUUUUUUGUGGUUUUGGAGACUAAGCUGGGGAACUUUUUAUUUAAUGUGAGCAUUUUCAUGCUAUUUUAUUUUGCUUUUAAUUUAGCUUUGUUAGGAUUUUUAACAAAAUCAGCUUCAGACUUUCAAAUGAACUUGAAUGGGAGAGAAAAUCCAUUUGAAUCUGAGGAUAUUCCUUUGCCUUACAUGGUCAUUUCUUUGACAUUCUACACAACUUUAUUCUUAGGUCAUGGAUUAUUUAUGUACCAAAUAUUACACUUUAAACAUUUUCAUUUUCUCUGGUCUUCGGAGUUAUUUAUGUUCAAAUUUUGGUUGGGAAUCCUAUUUCCUACUUAAGCUCAGGACCUUAUAACCUCUGAAUUGAGUGCCUUUGAGUUAUACAUGCUAAUAGAAAUUUCAUGGUAAAUGUAAAUAAAGUCGGAGGAUCUCAUAUAGAAGCUUAUAAUAAAGCAUUAAUGUAAAAAUUGAA